UCGCUGGUUGACUUUUACCUGUGAGGUAGACUAGUUUCGGUUGCCGGUGGGAAUAAGAAAUAAAGAUCACCGAGGUCCAGAGGUGGCAUACUUUCUCCCUGUGCGCCCCGAGCCCCCCGCCACCCGGCCCGUAUGACACAGGGGUCUCCACUGCGGAGCGUCAGACGGGAUUUCUCCGGGAUUUUACGUUCGGUGCGCAACAGCAAGCAAGCAGGCGGCAGGUGCAUGGGAGAGGGGAGGACAGGGUGACGGUGGUUGUAUUUCCGUGAGUGAGUCCUCUCAUGAGACCCGGACAAAUGACUGGAAAUCAACUGGUUGGUGUCUCGGUGAUAAAUCUGUGUUAGUUUCAUUAGUAUGCGGCCGGAGUGCUCCCGCUGCUGCCGACAUCCAGCCUGAGGAUUGAUCGGCAGCCCUGAAGUCUCCUCCGUGCUUACUGAGCGACUCCUCGCCCCGGGGAGGAGGUGGCAGCAGCAGAAGCGGCGGCGGCGGCGGCGGGACCCUAGUUGCUCCGGCUGUGUUCUGUUUUCCGGGCAACACGGACCUCCUCGCCUUGUGGAUCAGGAAGAUGAUGGGCUUUCUGCGCCGGACGUUCAGCCGCCGCUCACGGAGGCGCUUCCAGUCGGGGGAGAGGGACGAACGGGACGGUAAAGGGGGAGGAGGAGGAGGAGGGAGAGGGGCAACCGGGGUGACCGGGAACCCCCUGCUCCUGGCCCAUCAACAGCAGGUUAUCCACGCGCCCGCCGUGGUGACCGGGGGAUCGGCGGUCCACAUCCCGGCGGCCGGAACCGCGAGGACCACCAUCACCUGCCGCGUCCUGCUGCUGGAUGGCUCGGACGUCAAUGUGGAUUUGCCUAGCAAGUCCAAAGGCCAGGAGCUCUUUGACCAGAUCAUGUAUCACUUAGACUUGGUGGAAGCUGACUACUUUGGGUUACAAUUCAUGGACACAGACCAAGUUUCACACUGGCUCGAUAUGUCCAAACUCAUAAAGAAACAAAUCCGAGAUGGUCCACCAUUCAGACUGUUCUUCAGAGUGAAGUUCUACUCAUCAGAGCCAAAUAACUUGCAUGAAGAAUUUACAAGAUAUCUUUUUGUGCUGCAGCUUCGACAGGACAUUCUCUCCGGGAAGCUGAAGUGUCCGUACGAUGUCUCAGUAGAGCUGGGGGCCUAUUGUUUACAAAGUGAGCUGGGAGACUGUGAUCCCUUGGAGCAUUCUCCAGAGCUGGUGUCUGAGUUUCGUUUCACGCCCAAACAGAGUGAAGCCAUGGAGGCAGACAUCUUCAGCAAGUGGGUGGAGCUCAGGGGGAAGAGCCCGUCUCAGGCCGAGAUCUGCUUCCUCAACAAAUGCAAAUGGCUUGAGCUUUAUGGGGUGGACAUGCACUUUGUCAAGGGCAGAGAUGGAGGAGAAUAUGCACUAGGUCUGACUCCCACUGGUAUCUUGGUGUUUGAGGGCUCGAGCAAAAUUGGCCUCUUCUUUUGGCCCAAGAUCACUCGUCUGGACUUCAAAAAGAGUCGGCUCACGUUGGUGGUGGUUGAAGACGACGAUCAGGGCCGGGAGCAGGAGCAUACGUUUGUGUUCCAGCUGGACAGCUCCAAGAGCUGCAAACACCUGUGGAAGUGUGCCGUGGAGAGCCACGCCUUCUUCCGGCUACGACAGCCAACCACAGGCAAGGCCAACCGCAGUGACUUCACACGACUUGGGUCACGCUUCAGAUUCAGUGGGAAGACAGAGUACCAGGCCACGCAUGGUGGUCGACUGAGGAGGGCCAGCACUUUUGAGAGGAGGCCGAGCAAAAGAUACCCCUCCCGCUCGCACUCAAUGGGCAAAGCGGCCAUUUCCCCGGCCAAGCCACAACAUAUCAGCUCCCUCGCCAGCCCUGAUCCCAGCCUUCACCCAUACCAGUGUAACAUUCCCAUUGGACAUGAGCCCUGGCACCCGCCCCACCCGGCUCUCACGCCCCCGGUCUACCUGCAGCACUCUGGACUCACACCGCCUCACAGUUUCCCUCUAAGCGGUCCUGGUUCGGACCAUCAGUUCAGUGUUGAGGAGAAUGAGACUCCGUAUUCUGGCAGGAUCCACCACCAUCACCGUCGCCACACACACAGCCAGGACACGCUGUGCCACACACACACCAAAACCAAGCACAGAGCCCCUCCCUGCCCGACAGAGGAGCUGGACCUGUCUCAGUCUCUGCUCAAGGCUCUGGAGUCAGACAGCGACUCCUCUCCGUGGCCCUCGCUCCACAUCAACAUGGACAAAAAGGGGGAGGAAAAGCAGCUGUCUGAAAAGUCCCUGCAUCCUCCUGCUUCCCCGGCGGUGCUGCCAGAUCACCUCAAGUGCAACAUCCUCAAGGCCCAGAUGGAGGCAGCUUUCAGGAAGGAAGUUCCGACAACGCCCCGAGCGAAGAACUCAAAUGAGACCAUCAACGACAGAUAUCAGAGUUCAUCCCAAGACUCAGCUGGAUCCAGCCUCACUACAGACAAGACCCCCCACCGGCCAGAGCACAACCCGACUCCGGAGAGACCGCAGCCCAAAGCGAACCCAAACACCAACCGCAGGAAAAGACUGGUCCGACAGUUCAGCUUUAACCAUGAAGAUGAAGAUAACCUGCCAGAGGCCCUUGCAGCAAUUUCCUCCCAGAGUACAGGGAAGUCUGGAUCGAACAGUUCAUUGGACAAACAGAUACAGCCGCCCAUAUACCCACAGGUGGAUAAUAUGCCAGCACUGGAACUGGGUAGUCCAUGCUGUCCCUCUCCUUCGCCUUCCCCCCAUCUCUCCCCUUCUUACUACCAUAGCUCCAUUCCUCACCUGGCCCCUUACCUUGCUGCCCAUAAUGACAGCGGAGAGGAGAUGAGGCUGGACAGAGAGAAGAUACUAAGGGCCCUUCUGAUGACAGAGCUGUGAGACCAUGACCCUUGAACCCUGUGACAUCAUUGCCAAGCGCAGCAGACCAGACGAUUCGCGGAUGCAGAGGCAGAAGUCCCAAAGUCACCUGCUGCAAUCAGCAUUUGUAUAUUUGCAUAAUACAUUCAGCAUUCACAGAUAUAUAUUUGCAUAAAGGUACUUUGCUUAAUUGUUAUUUUAGAAGGACAAUACUUUAUAUUCACGAUACUGAAGCUGUAACAUACCAUCACACAAAGUGACAUGGACUCAGACAGAAUGACCGACUCACUGACAGGAUGGACAAGUUACUAACACGACUGGUGCUGCCUGCAUGAUAAAAAUGUAAAACAAACUGAUAUUUAUCUGAUUUGCUUUGGGGUUAUGUUUAAGUUUUGUGUGAUAUCAUAUCAUGAACAUAUUGUUGUCUAAACCUUGUUUCAGACCGUGGCUGCGGCACGGUUUUCAGGCUGUUGCCACUGAUCUUUACACUUUUGAAAACUUUGUGUAUGGAGCAAGGCUGAGGUGAAAGUCACUUUCAAAUCAGUUAGUUCAAAAAAUGUAAAUAGAAACUGUAAUUAAUAUACUGAUGAUAGAGCGAUUAUUGUAAAUGCUUACUUCCUUACUGUCUUUCUUAUAAUGUUGGAUAUGACGACUUUGACUUGCCAAGUUUUUGCAGUAUUUGAGUUCAAAAGAACCUCGAUAUCCUGAACUGAGUGAAUUGAAAGUGAACUGAAUGUUGUUGUGUGCAGGGAGCUGCAGUCUCAAUAUGCCCACUAGAAGGGGACAAAUCCACAGGUACUUUCUGUGGCAGCAGCCUCAGUAUUUAUUUAUUUAUUUAUUUUUUUAAUUAUUAUUACAGGUUGUCAUGAGGAACAGAUGCCAGAUCACCUCACUGUAGCCAUAUUCAGUCUGACUUUUCCUUGCCAAGUUCGUCAUACUGAGGUCAAACGCAAAACUGGUCUCAUAUGAGGGGAAUUAUGUGUUUUUGAACGUUAGAUAUGGUCAGCAUAACCCUGCUGUUUAAUGACUUUCCGUUAGCCCUUGUAUUGUCACAACCUCAUCUGAUGCAGCAUAAUUUGUCAGUGCACUG